GCAUACACCCAUCUUUCGUACAAACAGACGCUGGUCCUCGAAUAGAAAUUGAAUCCUGGAUCAACGGCAAAGUAGUUUCAAGGCAAUUUUUAAUAUCACGCUGGUGGGAAUCGAAUGCGGGAAGCUAUUAAUACACCUUUGAGUGAUUUAGGGUAUUACAGAAUGUGACAGUCCAUGGUAAUUCACAGUUUGUAUUCAGUUGAUUGAAUCUUGAGUGGUUUUAAAGGGGUUGCGUUUCAAUUAUCCGAUGCACCGUCGAAUGAACAUCACGCGUGAAUGUUCUUGCUGGGAAAGAGACGAGAAAUUUUGGUGAAACGGAUUUCCGUCGGUUUCAAACGAACAUUUGAUGAUUUGACGUUUUGAAAAUUGAACGGCACUGUAGGCAUUUCGUAUCGAUCAUUCGUUUGAUGUCUGCCGAAUCGCGUUGCAGCUUGAAUACCCCUACGGUUACCUACACCAUGGCGGAGAUCAUGGCGGCUGUGGUUAGGUUACGAUCCGAAAACCGAUUGAAAAUAUGCCAGUUAUAGUAAUUUAUUAAUUAUAGAAAUUUUAUGAAAUGAGACGUAAUUCGAGAAGAAGGAAUUAUGUGUAACCUUCUAGUGUCAGCUAUGGAGACUAAAGUAACUAGUAAAACCAGCAGCUUAAAGGCUCUUUUGCUACGGGCAUGGAGAGAACGCUGGAGUGAUUUACAAUGGGGUAUUAAUAUUAAAACGAUAUUACCAAGAGGAGUUAGCGGAGAUGUAUAUAAUUUAGCAGACUGUAUAUUGCAACAGGCAUUGGUAGGACUCGGUCCAAAUCAAUUAGUCCUCUCUUACCUAAAACACUCUUUAAGUUCUCAGUUGGUCUCCUAUGCUGCUGUGUUGCAACGGAUAAGCAAAUACGAUGCCUUUCACAAGCCUCACUGUAUCCUAAGUUUACUAGAAUUUCUAGAAUCAAUCCAAAUAGGUAUUACUUGCCGUGGUAAACCUGAAGAAGAUCUGCUAGCAGCCGCUGUUUUAUCCAUUGUGCAUUGGCUGUUGCAAUGCUACUUGCACACGUUGACGAAAAUGCCUCAGAACAGUCCAUUGACCCCACAACCCACCGAAUUAAUGGACAAGCCUGCCAGUAUAUUGAAGCAAAUGCUUAGCUCGGAUUUUCUUUGCGCGAUGAUGUACUUAGCCAAAUACGAUGACAAAGAUUUGUACAUAGACGUUGUGAAAAAGUGUCAGGAAAUCGAGGCUCUGUUGAAGACCAGCAGUUUAAAGUCUUCCGUGCCGAUCGAGGAUUCGCUAAAGAAAUUGUGCAAUUUGGAAGUGGAAUGUCUGUCCCUGUCCUCGGAAAUGACGCAAAUGGAAUCCAUCACGCACUGUCUGCAGCCGUUUUUCGCGGUCCAAGUGUUGUUGAAUCCUAGCACGGAGACAGCCGUAUUCGUCAAUCAGCUGUUGAUGAUUCAGAGACUGAAGAAUUACACGAACGCUAGGUUGUACUGCGAGAUAAUUCGUGCUUGCUUGAUGUCGCUGCACAACGUGACCGGCACGUUCAAGGAAUCGCAAUGGGGUGCGUUCACGUUUCUGAAGGUUCCUCUUAUUCUGAAGGAGCUGCACGUCGCGAAUUCGAACGGCGACGACAAACCGGAGUAUUCCCAAGACAUCCUCGACGCGUUCGAGCUGUUGCUACAAUUCACCCCGCUCCUCGACAUAAUGGACACCGCGUGCUCCUGCAACAGCGUCGAGUGUCUGUUGAACGCGUUGCAGAAAGUCAGCUUGGUCACCGAGAAACAGGCGAAACAACUGUGCAGCAGAAGGGAGGGUAUCACAGCCACUUUGCCAAAGCUAGAAUCCUCGACGUCCACGCCGUCGAUCUCGAAAGUGAUCGUCAGAGCAGAGCCAACGUUGUCCGGAAUACUGAAGACCCUGAACGCGGAUUACACGAAGAUCCACGAAGCGUUGCUGAGCAUGCUGUAUCAGGUCCUAACCGGGAAAAGUUUCGAGCUGAUGUUAGCCGUGGCCACCGUCGAAGGCAAGCUGAAGACUUUCGUCACCAAACUGAUCAAGUUCAACGAGUGCAGCAAGCAGAUCAACGAACCUGUGCCGCCAAAGACCGCAGCAACCAGAGCUAUGCUGUUCGACGUCUCGUUCCUGAUGCUGUGCUCCAUAGUGCAGACCUAUGGAUCGGAUGCUGUCCUCGAAGAAGGCGGAGGGGACUCCUUCUUCGAGCAAUGGGUACGCGAGUGUAUGCCCGAACGGAACCAACCAAAGUCGCCCCAGAAGAUGCUGCAAAACAUCGAUUCCGCCAGGGUGGACGCGUUGCUGGCGCAGAUUAAUUCCCCUGACUCCGAUUUCAAGUCCAGCAACAUAAAAUGGCACAUCGCGUGCCAGUCGGCCAUGGGCGCUGUCAAAGAGCUUCUCUGCGCUUGGGAGAGCGACGUGCUGGGCGCCGGCGAUGUGAAAAGGGCUUUGGACGGGUUGAGAGCGACAGCCUGCUGUCUACCGGUUUGCGCAGCAGCAUGGCUUUGCGCGUACAUGAGCAUCACUCAUCAAGAUGCGCUUUUGAAGCCGAUGAACAUGGUGCAACACUUUCUGACACCGCUCCCGGGGGACGAGCUGCAGGACAACCUGAAGGAGCGGUCCAGCCUGAUGUCUCAGAUCAUUCGGAAGAUGCAGUACGACGUUCACCCUCCUACCCAAUCGAAGACGAAGGUCCUCUCGAUGUCUCAUAGCAUCAUAUCGAGACAACCGAUACUCGAGCAAUUAGAAACCGUCUGGAGGAACGUCAAUCAACGAGGCUGGAUAAACUUCCAAGCGACGCAAUCCUUGGAGUCCUUAUUGAAUACCGGCGGUUCGUUGUGGUUCGUCUCGAAUAUAGUGAAGGAAGUGCUGAAGUUUCGUUACCAAGAGGAACUGGACCACGCCGUGGACCUAGCGUUCGCCAUUUUUCACCUCGACAUCGAAAACUGUACAUUAGAUCUCAUAAACCAUAUCAUUCCACAGUAUUUAUAUAAUUCAUUACACGAAGAACUCGUAGAGCCACAGUCCUCGGUUUUAGCGAAGCUGUGCGUGUACUGUAUAUUUUCUACCUUAGAGUUUAACAAUUCGAAUCCAUAUCGCGGGAGCAGCAGGAAACGCGUACGACGAGACCUAGACGCUGAAGAGUUGGACGCUCUCGGCGUUCCGGCGAACAAAAUUUUAAGACUAAACGAGGCGGGAGAUUCCAAUCCGAUUUUCGGCUCGCAGAGCCCGCAGGCUCAAGGUCCGACGAAUGGGCAAAAGUCGAUUGUAUUGAGGGAUCCUCUGCUGACCGCGUUGAACGGGUUGUUCACGAUAUUUUCCUUCCUAGCCGGCAGAGACGGCGAGGUGUCCCAACAAACCCAUUUCAUACUCCAGUUCCUUCGUCUCAUGGUGCAGUGCGGCAAGGAUAGAACUCGCAUCGUUUUGCAAGGGAUGCCGCAGACGUUGGUCCCCUGUCUUCUGAAAGCACUGCCGGAAUUAUUCACGACUGAUAUACUGUUACGAUUCUACGAUAUUCAGACUGCGGCCGGACGCAAGGCAACUGCGAGAGAUCUCUGCAUGCUCAGAAAUAUUACUCUAAAGCCGACGAAGUAGCAGCGAGAACCUUUUUUUUUUACUAAUUAACGACACUCUGGGACGAGUGCGCCGAUUUAGCGGAAACCGGGCGAUAAGUAUGAACGAUAGUGAGAUGUCGGUUAUAUUAUUAUUUUAAAAUAUACGGAUUUAAUACGACUCGACUAGACUGAUGCCCGAGCAUAUCCCUCCCGCGGCCACAAGGAUGUGAGAAAUCACGGAACUGAGAAUAAUUGUUUCAGACACUUUAUUCUUUCCCCUUCAUGUUUCUCCGCUUUUUUUUUUAGAUUUAUAAACAGAUCUAUAAAUAACGCUUAUAUUUAAAAUUAUGUACAGUAAAUGAUACACGUAGUAUUCUCGAGGCGAGAAAUUUUACACGACAUAUAAACACGUGGUAAACGAAAUUCACUGACGCAAGAAACGCGCGCGCGAUCAUAACCACUCCGUUUGUAGAGUUACAAAAGAAAACGCACCUUGUGUCACCUUACAUCCCUACAGAAAUAUUUACACGAACGCAGCGACUACAAAACAAACGAAAGAGAAGGUAAUGGUAAACGAAUCGAGAGAUCCGGAAGCCGAGAAGCGUCGAUCGCCUUGGACGGUUCCCGCGUGGAAUUGAAAGUAAUGCGAAUAAUGAUACAAAUUCAUCGAAUGAGAACCGUCCAGGACGAUCGACGUUCCCAGCGCCUGUUCAACAAUGGAAGCACGUGUAGGCCAGUUCGGAGGGCGCGUUUUACAGCCACGGAUGCCACGACGGGUCCAUUCUGCACAGAUUGUCGUGGCUGUUCGCUGCAGCAACCAGCGUGCUGACUUUGCUAUCGGUCCCGUCGAAAUUCGCCAAGGAGUUCAGCCUGGAGACGAUCGCGGUGACCGCACGAGUGACCAUUGUUAUCAGAAGCUCGCCCUUCAUGUCUGUCGGCGCUUGCGACGCGUUCUCUGCAUCUUCCUGUUUCUUAUUGUGAUCCGCGAUCACUUCGUCGCGCAAGAUUGCACGUAGAAUCGUGUGUACCUUGAAGGAUGGUUGCACUAGGCAUCGCGCUGUGGCGAUGGCGCUUGCGGUCAGCGGCCCCGAGACACCUGCGCACAAUUCAUUUACUUCCAGCGUGCGAGAUUCGAUUUACUCUUGUACCAUCGGUGAAAGAAAUAUCGCGAUAUGCUUUUACGUACCUGUACUCGUCAGAAAUUCGAGGAUAUUCGGUGUCAGACGGAACGGGACUGGCCUAUUGGCAUCUAGCUCGCCGGACGUGUCGUCAACAUCGAACUUGAAGUAAGCGAUGUUGAUCAGACCCGAGUCCUGAUGCACGUACAUCAUGUCCGGAUUCAGUCUCGUCAAGUGGAGCACAUACUCGGCGAAACAGGCCAGGGAUAAUUGUAAUGUGAACUGUAAGAUAGAAGUGAUGUUAGGCAAGCUCUAUUCGACUUGGUCAGUAUUAGAAUUAAAGUGUCAUUUUAUUCUUAUGCGUAUACCAUUUUCCUGAACGUCCAGUAAUCGGUGGCACCCGGGAACGUCUUCACCGCCCAGUCUUUCAACAUUGUCCUGGCGACCAUAGUGGUUUGCACUUCCUUCAGUAUAUCCCUGAGAACCUGAUGACUCGCUUGCGCGCCUCUUGCCUGCACCGUCGCCAACCUCUCGUAAUACCUAGCUAUAGGUGCAUCGUGUUCUAUUCCUAGUUUCGCACAGCCUUGUUUGUAAAUGUCCAGCAGGGAGACCGAGGCGGGGUUGUCCUCGACGAGUCGCAUCUGCGGCGAAACCGCGACGACUCGCGGCACCGUGAAGUGCAAGAACCUCCUGGAAGUCUCCUUCUGCUUA